AUGAUUACAACAUACAACUUGCAGGAGAAUGCUUGGUUGCAGAGUUUAUAUACUGAGCGUACCUAUUGGGCACCAGUAUUCCUGAAAGAAAUAUUUUGGGCUGGAAUGAGCACAACCCAACGAAGCGAGAGCAUGAAUGCUUUCUUUGACGGGUACGUUCAUGCUAGGACAAACUUAAAAGAGUUUGUUGAUCAAUUCGAUAAUGCGUUGAGAAAGAAGAUUGAGAAUGAAAAUGCAGCAGACUUCCACUCAUUCAACGUCACAAUUCCUGCCGUCUCUAUUUCUCCACUUGAGAAGAUAUUUCAAGCCACAUAUACGAACUCUAAAUUUAGAGAAGUUCAAAAAGAAGUAGUGGGAAUGCUUGGUGUUCUUCCAACUCUACACCGAAAAGCUGGUAUAAUUGCAACGUACCAUGUAGAAGAUGAAAUAGAAGUUGAUGAUUUCAUCAAGGAGGUGACUCAAACGGUGUACUUUAAUGAGGCCGAAGUUGAUGUGAAGUGUCAAUGCUCACUGUUCGAAAUGAGAGGGAUAUUGUGUAGACAUGCAUUAGCUAUUAUGAGAGUUAACAAAGUAAAAAAUGUGCCAGAAAAGUAUAUAUUAGAUCGAUGGAGAAAAGACAUUAAAAGGACAUACACUCUCAUACGCAGUACUUAUGACUCAGUUGAUGCAAGGCCAGAAGUGAGCAGAUAUUCCUGUAUUUUGAAGGUAUGCUAUGACGUUGCCACAAAUGCAGCGUCAUGUGAUGAGCAUGCUGAUGAUAUGAUAGAUAAGUUACAUGCAAUGAACAUCGUCUACCGCACCAAGAAGUCACCCCAACGACCCUUGGAACAUGUUGCAGAUACAGUUGUUGAUGCAAGUACAGCUGGGAGUUCAAAGAAAGUCCUAAGUCCCCUUGUAGUUAGAGGCAAAGGAAGACCACCAUGCCUCAGGAAAAAAUCAAUGAUUGAGAGAGUCAAACCCACGGUGAAGAAGACUACUCAGAAGGGAAAACGUAAACAGCCACAUGGAAGAGAUAUCGAUAGGGUUGACACAUGCAGGAAUUUAUUUGGGCAAACAAUUGUUGGGACUCAAGAGAGUGUUGUCAUUCAGGUUUUGGACAUGACUGGCCUGAAGCUUUCAGCACUGAGUCAGAUAAAGCCUGUUGGAAGGUUCGCUAAAGUGUUAAAGAUUGAAGAUAACUGA